AUGAAUAAUAUUCGUCCAUGUCUUCGUUUAGUACAAAAUUCUAUAUUCUUCCAAGGUCAACAACGUUUUCUUCAUGUUGAAAAACAUAAAGAUUAUCUUCGUUUAAUCAAUAAAAAUGAUACAAUGGAUUUUCAUUAUAUUUGGUUACGACAUAAUUGUCCAACGAUAGGAAAAUCUAUCCAUCCAAAAACUAAUGAACGAAUUGUUGAUUGUGCUGCAAUUCCAUCAGAAAUCAAACCUGAACAUGUAGAAUUAGUUGAAAAUGAAAAAAAAUUAAAAAUUACUUGGUCAAAAGAUCAUACUAGUUUAUUUGAUCUAGCAUUUUUAACAUCAAAUGCAUAUGGAAAAAAUCGAUUGGAAACGAAAAAACCUCAAACAAAAAUCGAAGAUAUUGAAUUAAUUUAUGAUGAAAAAAAUCCACAUGAAACUUAUUUAGCAAAUUGUUAUGAACGAUUAAAAAAAUACGGGUUAGUUGUUGUUCGACAACGUGGUUUAGAUACAGAAGAUAUUAUUAAAGAUUUUUUACCUUGUGGUGCAUCAGUUGUUGAAACACAUUUUGGUCGUAUUGAAGAUUUACGUCCGGAUAAUACAACAAAUCAAAAUAAUGAUCAAUUAGGUUAUACAAAUUCUGCAAUUAAUUUACAUACUGAUCAACCAUUUAUUGCUGAUCCACCAGGUAUGCAAUUAUUACAAUGUAUUCGUUCAGCUGAUAAAGGUGGAGAUAAUUAUUUUGCUAAUGCUCGUUAUGCUGCACUUUAUCUUCGUGAAAUUGAUCCAAAUGCAUAUUAUAUAUUAACGACUACACCAGUUCAUUUUCAUCGAAAACAAAAAGAAUUUCAAAGUAUUCAUAUUGGUCCAAUCAUAGAAAUAGAUAAUGAUGAUGUUAAACAAGUUCGUCAUAGUUAUUUUACUUUAGCACCAUUUAAUUUUCCAUUUUGGUUUACAACUGCUUAUUAUAAUGCAUAUCGUAAAUAUGCAUCGAUUUUAUAUGAUCCUCAAUCACAAUAUCGAGUUAAAUUAGAACGUGGAGAUUUUGUUCUCUAUGAUAAUUAUAAAAUGUUACAUGCAAGAGAAGAAUUUACUGGACCAAGACAUUUACGUGGAAUUUAUUUUCGACAUACAGAUGUUUGGAACAAACUUGAAAAAUUUAGCAAAGACAAAAUAUAA